AUGGACGUCGUGUGCCCCGAGAUCGACCGGCUGACGUCGUGCCGUACGUGCGGCGCCCAGUCGCUGCCGCCGUUCAGGUUGUGCGUGGCCGCGCACGUGGCCUGCGUCCCGUGCGCCGCGUACAUGUCGCGGUGCGCCUGCGGCCAACCAUUCGCCCCGGGCCCGCACUGCACUCUCGACUGGCUGGCCCGGGCGCUGCGGCACGGGUGCAAGUACACGGCGCCGGGCCCGGCUCCGAGUCUAAGCCGUCUCCACUGCCGCAGCCGUCGCCCCCACCGCCGGUACAGCGUCCGGGAGCUGCGCGAGCACUACCGCACUGGUUGCGCGCUCAACGGUUUCGUGUGCCCGCUAAUCGGUUGCGGUCACGUUGCUCGCGUUGACACCAUUGUCGAGCAUUACGAGGCGGCGCACGGCCCGUACGAACGGCUGAUGUCCGCCGAUCCGCUUAACCCCAACCGGAUUACAUUCAAGAUACGCGACGUGUCGUGGCGAACCAAAGAAUUCGUCCACAAAGCUUUCAAUGGAUACUUUUUGUUCAUCACGAAAAAAUCAUAUCAAAAUCCACGGAAUUAUAACUUGAGCCUGAGCAUGCAGAACAUCAACCCAUCCGAUCUUUUGAAAUAUACGUACAACGCGACGGUGAUGUCUAAUGAAGUUAUGGUCACCUUGUCGUUAAAUGAUUCGUGGGCCGAAUGA